UACAAGUGGUAUUUAUCUCUCUCACGCUCUGCACCUUCCCCUUGCCUCAGCUCUGUCAUGCCUCGCUCAUUCCUGGUCAAGAGUAAGAGACCAGGAUCUCAUCCCCCUUGCUUCUCUAAAGGCACCAGACACACAAACCCUGACCAGCCACAACCUCAUACAAAUCAUCACGACAGGCAGAACAGGGCAUGGCAGGAAGUAAGGUCCCCACAUCGAAGCCCCUUCCAGGAGGACGAGGGCAACCUGUGCUCAGGGUCAGAAGUCAAGGACACCCUGGACUACCCCUGUCCUAGCUGGGGCGCCAUGGCAACCAGACCACACAGCACCUCGCCAGCUGACCUCUGGACCAGCUGGUCUGCAGAAACCGGAGGGUACGAUGGUGUGGAGCCAUCCGAGUCUGCCCUGCCCUGGUCCCUACACUGGCCCCGGGGCCCUGACAGAGAGAGGGAGCUGGAGAAACUGGUCCAUGUCUUACUGAGCCACAGGCCACAUAUAGACCUCAAUUCCACCAGCCCAUGCCCCCUCUGUGAAAAGGUCUUGUCCUCAGGAGCUGUACUGAAGACUCAUUUACUCAGGUCACGUGCAUGCGUGCCUGCAGUCCCAUUGGCCACAUCAGCCAAAGCCCCAGAGCACCCCUACGAGUUCAAACAAGCUCUGGGCAUGUACGGAAGACCAAAGGAGCGUAGCUAUAGCUGUAAGGAGUGUGGGAAGGUAUUCAAGCGCUCCUCCACUCUAUCCACCCACCUGCUCAUCCACUCUGACACCAGGCCCUACCCCUGCCAGUACUGUGGCAAGAGGUUCCACCAGAAGUCAGACAUGAAGAAACACACCUUCAUACACACAGGUAUAUGUAUAUACUGUAUCUUGUACCAUCUAUUGCAUCUUGCCUAUGCCGCUCGGCCAUCGCUCAUCCAUAUAUUUAUAUGUACAUAUUCUUAUUCCAUCCCUUUAGAUUUCUGUAUAUUAGGUAGUUGUUGGGGAAUUGUUAGAUAUUACUGCACUGUUGGAACAAGAAGCACAAGCAUUUCGCUACACUCGCAUUAACAUCUGCUAACCAUGUGUAUGUGACCAAUAUAAAUAUAUUUGAUUUGAGGUGCGGGGAGGUACACUGUAAGGUCACAUACACAAAUGAGCAUAGUGUGUGUAGAACAUAGGUCAGCUGGUGUGUGUACAUUAUAGUACAACUGACAUACACAUUUUGCAAAGGUCGCUUACAUCUGAAGUUAGGAUUCUGCCCUACACACUGUCUGCUGUCACAGAGUAUCUCUCUUCUUGAAUUCCAUGUCAUGUCCUGCUGUCUGUCCCUGUCUGUCUCAGGUGAGAAGCCCCAUGUGUGCCAGGUGUGUGGCAAGGCCUUCAGCCAGAGCUCCAACCUCAUCACCCACAAGCGUAAACACAGCAGCUACUGGCCCUUCAGCUGCACGCACUGCCAAAGCAGCUUCCAGCGCAGACUGGACCUACAGCGCCACCAGGAGACACCAUGUUUUCAUAGCAGCGUGUACACACAGAGCUGAGGCCACGGGUAUAAUGGAGAUUUGUAUUACACAAGUACUGUAUGUAGCACAAGAAUUAGUGCUUUGUAAAGAGAUUGUUGACCGGUAUUUGCAGUUCUGUUUUUAUAUGGUACUUUGAUCAGUGACUGAGGCUAAGCACAUUACUUGUGUUCAAGUUAUUUGGGCAUUUGUUUUUGUGGAUUUGCUUUCGCUCACAGCUUUUCAGGUUGACUGUUUGGAUAGUGCCUUGAGGGGACCUGAUCACUUUGUUAACAUCUCUAGCAAUGCCAUAUAUAGUGUACGAGCUAGAUUCCAUCCAUAGCGCAGAAGUUCAGCGUUUUAGCCGGUUGAAAUGUAAAGGUCAUUUUCGAUUGAGCCAACAUAUGCAACGUUUACCAUAAAUGCUGUCUCCGCCAACACGGAAACGUUGCCUUUAAAUGUCAGUCACGCUUUAACGCUACGGAUUGAAUCCAGCCCUUUAGGCCCUGGACUCUACUGUGCUGUAUGUCUAAAAGACACCUUAUUAAAAAAAGGUGGUUUGUAGAGUGACAAAGCAAACCCCUAUUUCCCACUGUAAUUGUCAAUUUUCCUCAGAGAGCCAUUGCAAUUGUAGCUCCCAUUGUUGGUGUAUGAACGAAGCUGACAUUUUCACUUCCCUGUGGCAGCCCACCCAAGGGGAUAAUAAUAUACAUUCAGGCCAUGUGGAACAUGUGAAAAAUAAUGUCUCUGACUGCAGUACGAGCAGAGAGAGACAAUGAUUAUGUUGAAAUGAUGCUCCACAAUUAUGAUGAGACAACGUGACUGUAUAUUUUCAGUGUCACAGCCUGGUCAGCAUGAGUAUAUAUUAAAAGGGAUUUAGAUAUAAACAAUUAAAUACUCUGUUUAAGUUUA